AUGUCGAAAUCAAAUCCAUCAAUGGACUUGGAUGCUCUCACAUCCGAUAUCGCCACAGUCGUUUCCUCACUUGGCUUAGCUUCUUCGGGUCCAAACGACACUGGUUCCCGGAAAAAGAGUAAACCUAAACCCCAUAAACGGAAUAAGCCUAAGAAGGACGGCUCCGAGCAGAAGAAUCAGAACGAGGCUACACAGGGAGACACAGGGAAGCCAAAAUCGAACCCUCCAAAUGAAAAGGGCAAGACUUUGGGAGCGAGGAAGCAAACCAACAACGAUACGCAGACGAAUCAACCGAAGCCAAGGACCGAUGUUUUGACAAUCGACGACGAGACUACUGGGUAUAAGGCCAAACGAUUCGACAAGUUCAAGGCUUUGCCUAAGCUGCCAUUGGUGAGAGCGGGCUUAUUGAGCUCGGAGUGGUACAACGACGCACAGGAGCUGGAGGAGAAGGUAUUCGGCGGAGGAGAUCACCGGAAAGCGGCGGCGGCGAGCAAGGAGGAUCUGAAGGGCGUGGCGGUGGAAAAGAGGGAACUUGGAGAGAGAUUGAUGUGGCAAUACGCAGAGGACUUUGUCACUUCGAAAGCAAAGACUGGAGAUUUGAAGAUGGUGAUCUCUGCUCAGAAGUCAGGGACAAUGGCUGAUAAAAUCACUGCCUUUGAGAUCAUGGUUGGAGAGAAUCCAAUUGCGAAUAUGAGGUCUCUUGAUGCCUUGUUGGGAAUGGUUACCUCAAAAGUUGGUAAAAGAUUUGCAUUCAAGGGUCUUAAGGCUCUGUCAGAGAUAUUCAUCAGGUUAUUGCCUGAUCGGAAGCUGAAGACACUUUUACAGAGACCCUUGAACAGCAUUCCGGAAAAUAAAGAUGGUUACUCGGUUUUGCUGUUUUGGUACUGGGAGGAAUGCUUGAAACAGAGGUAUGAGCGCCUUGUCUCCGCACUCGAUGAAUCAUCUAAGGAUAUGCUCCCAGAGCUAAAAGACAGGGCUUUAAAGACAAUAUAUUUCAUGUUGACAAGCAAAUCAGAACAGGAGCGGAAAUUGCUAGUGUCACUGGUGAACAAGUUGGGGGAUCCUCAAAACAAGAGUGCAUCUAAUGCUGAUUUUCACCUGACAAAUCUUCUGGCUGAUCAUCCUAAUAUGAAGGCUGUGGUGAUUGAUGAAGUUGACUGCUUUCUCUUUCGUCCCCAUCUUGGGUUACGUGCAAAGUAUCACGCUGUUAACUUUUUGAGUCAGAUUCGAUUGAGCCACAAAGGAGAUGAUCCAAAGGUGGCAAAACGCCUAAUUGAUGUAUAUUUUGCCCUAUUCAAGGUUUUAACCACAGAAGCAAAUAAGAAACCAGGCGCAGAUGACAAAGUGGCUGAUAAGAAAAAUGCCAAAUCAAAGGACACAAAACAAGAGAAGUCCUCUGAUGCACCUGUUGAAUUGGAUUCCAGAAUUCUCUCAGCUCUACUAACGGGAGUUAACAGAGCUUUUCCAUAUGUUUCCUCUGACGAGGCCGAUGAUAUUAUUGAUUCCGAGACGCCCGUGCUUUUUAAGCUGGUACACUCAAAGAAUUUCAAUGUGGGAGUUCAGUCACUUAUGCUUCUUGACAAGAUCUCAUCCAAGAAUAAGAUUGUCAGCGACAGAUUUUACCGUGCCUUGUACUCGAAACUUCUACUUACCUCUGCAAUGAAUUCUUCCAAGGCUGAAAUGUUUAUUGGGCUUCUUCUCAGAGCCAUGAAAAACGAUAUUAAUGUGAAGCGUGUGGCUGCCUUCUCCAAAAGAAUCUUGCAGGUUGCGCUUCAGCAGCCACCACAGUACGCCUGUGGAUGCCUUUUCCUUCUGUCUGAGGUGCUAAAAGCAAGACCACCUCUAUGGAAAAUGGUGGUCCAGAGGGAAUCAGUUGAGGAAGACGAAGAUGAAGAGCAUUUUGAGGAUGUGAAAGAGGAAGAGAAUGUUAAUCCCAAUGAAGAAGCAGAGAAAGAAGAGAAUGAUGUUGAAGCUGAUCAAGACGGCGACAAAAUCAUAAGUAAAGACGGUGAUUCUUCUUCAGAUGACGAUGAGCCUUUGGCUGUCAAGGACUCUGAUGAAGAAGAUGAUUAUGCUUCUGAUGAUGGGGAUGAGCUAUUUAUAAAAGAAACCCCCAAUAAGCUUAAAGAAGUCAUGGAGGUUUCUAAUGAUAGUGAGAAAAAAAGCCAACCGCCAUUGAAAUCAAGCUGUCUUCCUGGAGGAUACGAUCCUCGCCAUAGAGAACCUUCUUACUGUAACGGAGACCGUGUGAGCUGGUGGGAGCUGGUGGUUCUUGCUUCACACGCUCACCCCUCGGUUGCUACAAUGGCUGGAACCCUUCUCUCAGGGACCACUAUAGUCUACAACGGAAACCCAUUGAACGAUUUAUCCUUAACUGCUUUCUUGGAUAAAUUCAUGGAGAAGAAAGCAAAGCAAAGCACAUGGCAUGGUGGCUCUCAGAUCGAACCUUCCAAGAAGAUGGACAUGUCAAACCAUAUGAUUGGAUCUGAGAUUCUAGCAUUAGCAGAAGAAGACGUGGCUCCUGAAGAUCUAGUCUUCCACAAGUUCUAUGUGAACAAGAUGAACAGCACGAAGCAGUCAAAGAAAAAGAAGAAGAAGAAGCUACCUGAAGAAGAAGCUGCUGAAGAACUUUACGAUGUGAAUGACGGUGAUGAUGGAGGAAACUAUGAUAGUGAUGUUGAGGCUGGUGAUGAGAGUGACAAUGAGGAGAUUGAGAAUAUGUUGGAUGAUGUUGAUGAUAAUGCUGUGGAAGAAGAGGGUGGUGAAUAUGAUUAUGACGAUCUAGAUAGUGUAGCAGGCGAUGAUGAAGAGCUUGUGGCUGAUGUGAGUGAUGCAGAGAUGGAUACAGACAUGGACAUGCUUGAUGAUGAAGAUGUCGAUGACGAUAUUGAUGAUGAUGUUGGUGGUGAUGAUAGUGAUGGCGAUGACGAUGGUCUUGCUAGCAAGAAAAUGAAAGAGAAAAGGAAACGUAAAUCUCCAUUUGCAAGUCUUGAAGAGUACGAGGAUCUGAUAGACCGAGACGAGAAGGAUGAUGAUUCAAAGUCUAAAAGAAAAGUAACAUCAGAGCCCAAAAAGAAGAAAAAGAAGAAGACCAAAGCAUCAGAGUAA